AUCGUUGUUUGUUUGUAAACAUUGCCGCUAGAAGUCUUUUGAGCAUGGAAAAUAAGCAGAAAAUUUUAAUAUGUGGCGAUGUUGGUGGGAAAAUUAACAAAUUAUUCGAUCGUGUUGGCUCAAUUGCCAAGAAAUCCGGCGAUUUCGACUUCUUGUUCUGCGUUGGGGAUUUCUUUGGGGAUGAUAAUGAGGAGUUUGAGGUUUACAGGAGUGGUGCAAAGAAAGUUCCUGUUGCAACGUAUAUUCUGGGUCCAACUGCGGAGAAACAUUUGCCAUUGUUUGAGGAUGCCCCAAAUGGGGAGAUUUGUCCAAAUGUCACGUACUUGGGUAAGUCUGGUAUCUACGUAACAUCCUCGGGCAUGAAGGUUGCCUAUGUGAGUGGGAAAGAAGCUGAAAAGCCAUCCGCAGUGACUUUCACAGCAGAAGACACAAAAUCCGUGAAGCUCUCUUGUUUGGCGAGUAAAUCUUCCGGAGAUUACAGAGGAAUUGACAUUCUUCUCACCUCCCAGUGGCCACAUGGAGUGGGGGAUUCAGUUGAGUCAUCGAAGCUUCUUUCCCUCCUUACCAUGGAUAUACGUCCGAGAUAUCAUUUCUGUGGCAUGGAGGAUGUUUAUUGUGAGAAGCCUCCCUUCCGGAAUCCCUCUGACAACAAUUCCCAGCUGGAUCUAGCCACGAGAUUCAUCUCCCUGGCUUCCGUGGGGAAUACAAAGAAGCAAAAGUACAUUUAUGCUCUCAGUAUAAUGCCAGUGGAUAAAAUGAGACUCACAGACCUGAUUCAGAGAACUGUGGAUGAGAUUGAGUGCCCCUACUUGGCAAUUCCGGGACUCCUUGGCGUAAAGACAUCUCAGGGGGAUGAUAGUGCAACUACGCAGUACUUCUUCGACAUGAAUCCACAUCAAGGAGGGAAGAGGCACUCCAGAGAUGGAUCUGGACACGCAGCAAAUAAGAGACCCCGAAAGGAAUUCAGCCUUGAGAAAUGCUGGUUCUGCCUCUCAUCCGUCAAUGUUGAGAAGCACCUGAUUAUUUCCAUUGGAGAAUCCUUCUACCUUGCCCUUGCAAAGGGUCCCCUGAAUAAUCAUCACGUCUUGAUAAUCUCCAUUUCUCACGUGCAGAGUGUUUCCCUUCUUCCGGAGGAAGAUUUCGCCGAAUUGCAACGCUUCAAGGACACCCUGGGGAGUUUCUUUAAAUCCCAAGGAAAGGCCGUUUGCUUCUUCGAGAGAAACUACAAGAGUAGCCACCUACAAGUGAACGCCGUCCCAUUGGAUGCUUCAAUUGCGUGGCAAUUGAAUGAAGCCUUCGAAACAAGUGCUGAAAUGUACAAAUUGGACUUUGAGAAACUCCCACCGCUCACGAGUGCUUCCCAAUUGCCAUCCGGACCGUACUUUGUGGCUGAAUUGCCGGAAGAGGUGACCCUUCUUACGCGUCAAAUGAAAAAUUUCCCCCUUCACUUUGGCCGGGAGGUGAUGUGCAAUGAGAAUCUUCUCAAUUGCGAUGAAAAAAUCGACUGGAAGGAAUGCCAAUUGGAUGUGGAGCAGGAAAAGGAGCUCGUCCAGCAAUUUAAGGAUGAUUUCAGAGAUUUUGAUUUUACAGUGUAAAAAAAACUUAUUGUGAACGGAAAUAAAUGAGUUUGAUAAAUUUUAAA